CCUAGAUUGUAGAGAGUUAAGCAAAUGAAAUGAGCACACGUCUGGCAACCCAGCGUCAGUUCAUCAUCUCGACGAGCGCCGUUGUGGACACGGCUUCAGUCGAUGCCAGCCAAAUUGAGUCCAAAGAAGAACAGCGGCAGCAGCUUGUGGCAAAAACAACUGGAGAAUUGCUGACCGUUGUAGAGCAGAGAACACCUUCGCCGCCAACAACUCAUGCCGAAGAGUAUGAGUUCUGCACUGAGGAUGGUGUCGUUGUGGCCGCCACUCUGGAGGAUGUUAUGACCCAGAACUGUCAGCUGCUGCAGAAGAAGCUAAGCGACGGCAUUGACGAUGAUGCCACAACGACCAGCGAACAGCUUGAGGUGAUUCGCGUGGUGCUGCCAAUGGAUACCAGCGACUCAAGUCAGGAGGCCCAUCUUCAUGGCCACGUGCAUGCCGUGAAUAGUGUGAGCAGCAGCGAUGCCGGCGCCACAGUCACGGCAAACAGCACAGCAACCAUACACACCUUGCCCGGACUGAGUGCUAUCAAAAGUGACGUCGAUCUGGCGCAACAAGUGGCAAAUGGACAAUUGACUGUGGUGCAGGCCACCGAGGAUGAUGAGGGCACACCCUUCAUCACCGUGACAGUUUCCGGCCAGGAGCAAAACUAUCAAGUGCAAUAUGUAGACUCGGAGCUUUACCACAGCAAUUCCAGUCAGACGCAAAUGACGUAUCCCUUCUGCCCGGUGGGGGAUUACCAGAGCAAUGGCCAGACAUACUACUCGACAACGGCGGCAACGGGCAACUAUACAACAACAACGGUGGGCAGCACGGCCAAUGCGCAUUCCACGACGCUGCCGUAUCUGGUGCCCGUGGAUGAGAGCCUGCUAUUGAAUGGUUCCUCGCAAUCGCAUAGUCGGGAUUCUCCGCACAGUUUGACGCAUGAGGUUGCCUACAUCCAGGAGGCGCAGAGCACACCACAAACUCCCACCUCGACAACGACCACAAAUUCGGCAAGCGGCGGCAGCAUCGGCAAUGGCGCCGAUGGGGCGUCACCCGACAGUGACCAGAGUGGCGCCAUGGGCACCAGCAACAAAAUUGCCUCGGCAACGAUCAAGUGGUUGUCACGCAACUACGAGACGGCAGAUGGCGUCAGUUUGCCACGGUCCACAUUGUACAACCAUUACAUGCAACACUGCAACGAACAAAAGCUGGAGCCGGUGAAUGCAGCCAGCUUCGGCAAGCUGAUACGCUCGGUGUUCUCCGGCCUGCGAACACGUCGCCUGGGCACACGCGGCAACUCCAAGUACCAUUAUUAUGGCAUACGGAUUAAACCCGGCUCUCUGCUAGUUCAUCAAUCCAUGGAGGAGAAAUCGAUGCAGGGCUAUGGCACACCGCCAUCCAAUGGCCAUCCGUCCUUGGUCAAUGUCUCCAGCAGCAACAGCAGCGGCAAUGUCAACCAGCUGGCCAACUCAAAUGGCAGCAAUGGCAUGUCCACAGCAUCCAAUGCACAGCGCCCAUCUGGCGCCAAGAAGCACAACUUUAAGCCGGAAACCUAUGAGGCUUGCAUACAGUAUAUUGGCGAUGGCGCUGGUGCCAUGCCCGUUUUUCCGGCCAUCGAAUUGAGCCACAGUUUUCACAGUGAGCUCACCUUGGACGAUGUGGACACAUUCCGUGCUCUGUACCGCGAGCAUUGCGAGUCAUUUCUCGACGCUGUGCUCAAUCUGGAGUUUGGCACUGUUGAGUUUCUGCUGCGCGACUUUUGGCGCACCACCGACAACAACAACUUGGAUGAGUGCGAGGAGGAGAAAUACUUGAGCAAAACGAAGCUGUAUCUGUUGUGCCACUGCGCAGAAGUGCAAAAGUUUGUGCAAGAGGUGGACUAUCAGUUCUAUCAGAACACUGUGGACGUUAUAAUACCAGAUGUACUCCGCUCGAUACCAAAUGCAUUGACCCAGGCGAUUCGCAACUUUGCCAAGAAUCUGGAACUGUGGCUCUGCGAGAGCAUGCUGGGCGUGCCGGAGCAGUUGGCCCAGAUCAAGACCAGCGCUGUUUCGGCCUUCUGCCAGACGUUGCGACGUUAUACAUCCCUGAAUCAUUUGGCACAGGCAGCUCGAGCUGUGCUGCAGAAUGGUGCACAGAUAUCCCAAAUGCUAAAUGAUCUGAAUCGAGUUGACUUUCACAAUGUUCAGGAGCAAGCCGCAUGGGUGAGUCAAUGUGCACCAGCUGUGGUGCAGCGUUUGGAGAAUGACUUCAAGGCGGCACUGCAGCAACAAAGCUCAUUGGAGCAAUGGGCCAGCUGGCUGCAACUUGUGGUCGAGUCCGCCAUGGAGGAGUACACUGGGAAGCCAAGCUAUGCUCGGGCUGCACGACAAUUUCUGCUUAAAUGGAGCUUCUACAGUUCGAUGAUAAUACGAGAUUUGACACUGCGAUCGGCGUCGAGUUUCGGCAGCUUUCAUCUCAUCCGGCUGCUGUUCGAUGAGUAUAUGUUCUAUCUGGUGGAGCACAAGAUUGCCGAGGCGCAGCAGAAAACGGCCAUUGCGGUCAUUUGUGAGCGCAUGAAGAAGGAGAUGGACUUUGAAUUUGAGUGCCAGUUCGCCUACAUAACCAGCGAGGGGGAGCAGCAAACAACGGACAGCUCUGUUGCAAGUGGGGCAAGUGGUGCAAGUGGUGCAGCUGUGGUUGCUCCAGCUCUGGCAACUGUUCAUGCCAACGAUGGCAACGAUGCUAAGCGUCUGAAGCAAGAAUGAGUAGCUCUGCGCAUCUCUAUCAAACUUAUAUCAACUGAAAUUAUUCAAUUCAUGACUAUAUUCGAUGUGCACCAUUUCCUCACAAACACCUAACAACUUCACAACUUCACAACUCAACCACUCAACCACUUCACCACUCUGUCAUCUGUGCAUUUAAUAAGUCAAAAAUGUUUGUAUGUUCUUGUCAACUGUCAACAAAUAAUCGUUUAGCUUUUAGGCCAAACAAAUAAGUCUAUAUUAUAGUUAGAGCGAUAGAGAGGGAAAUAGAUAAAGAGGCGCAUAUACAAAAAAAAAAACAAAAUUAAUUUACACAUAUAGAAUUGCCCCCGCAUUCAAGUGAAGAACCGUCCAAGCAGCAAGCUAGUCACGCCUCAAAUGCAGCGUUGGCCUUGUCUGAUCUGAAUAUGUAUUCAUGGGAUACACUUUAGUUUAAGUACAUGUGCAUUAGUAUUUGUAUUUGUAUCUUUAUCUGUACUUGUAUUUGUAUUUGUGAACUUCGCGUCUAAGCUAAACUAUAAUACUAAUUGUGUUUAAUUUGUAAGUGAGACAGAUUUAUCAAAACAGUUUUGUCUGGUUUCAAUGAAAAAUUGAUAAAUGUACAGUACAGCACAUAUACACUCACAUACAUGCACACAUCAACACACAUACAUAUAAAGUAGGUACACACACACACACACAACUUGCACACACUGAUUGCAAAACUGUAUAGAUUUGUUAAGCAAAGUCAAAGAAAACGAUUAAAAACAAAGCUCAUCUAAUUAGCUUGCUCAAAUUAAGAAUUAAAAAUGAAAUAUGAAUAACUAAGCUAAGUAAACAACAGGCCUUAAAUGUGCAAAUAUCAACACUCAAUUUAAAAAACUAAAUACAAAUUAUUGCAUACCCUCCAUGCAUACAUACAUACAUGCGUAUUACGUAAGUAUGUAGUUAAGUAUAUAUUUUAACUGCAUGUAACGACUAAUUAUAUGGUAACUCCUGAAUUAUAUACAUACAAAAAAGAAAAAGAACAAGAACAGAUAUAAUAUUUUAACAGAGGCGCUUAUUAAAGUAUUUUAUGCCAUUUUAGGUAUUUACUCAAAAGCAACAGAACAUUUUGUAAGUCAUUCAAGAAAUCUAAACAUAAGAAAUGCAAAGAACUCUAGUCUUAAAAGGCAUAUGGAAAUGCAAUACUGGAAAUAUCACCAGAAAACCAUUUUACAUUCGGCUCUUUACGAAUUUUGUUUGUCAAGUUCUGGGAUUAGAAAUAUGAAAAAAUUAAAAACUCAGUUGAUACUCUUGAUGUACUAUAUAACUCGAUAUUAAACUUCCUUUUCUACUACUGUCCUCUUAACAUUAAAUAUCUAUGUUUCCCCCAUAUUGUUGUAUGACCUAAAUUUAAGAACCGAGUAUCGUGAUAAGCCUGCGCAAUAAGAAGCUUAAUAUCAUCAUCACGUUUACACGAUUUGCUCAAACUGUUUAUUUCAUCGGGGAUCCCAAGGCUUAAUUCGUUAAGAACAAAAUUCGUUGCUCAAUAUACAAACACUAAACGGAAAACUUGAGCUUUAUUGGUUGUAAAAAUAAGAAAUAAUUAAGAAAAAAAGAGAAAAUAAUUCAAACAAAUUGAGAUUUCAAUUAAAAUCAGAACUACCUAUUUAUAAAUGUGAAAUAAAGAUGUCUUUAAACCAAA